AUGAAGGUUAAUUGGCACUGGGUGGAGGAGUGGGUGAACCCCCUCUUCGCCACAGCUGCUGAAGACGCGGAGGCUGCUGUGGCGAUGGAUCACGAGGAUUGCGGGGACCUGCCGCCGGAAGAGGAGGAGGAGGAGGAGGAGGAGGAGGAGGAGGAGGAGGAGGAGGAGGAGGAGGAGGAGGAGGAGGAUGUGCAGGAGGACGAGGAGCAGGAGUGA